AUGUACGUCGCUCGCAAGGAUUCCAAUCAAGUGGUGGCAGCUGCGGAUCUUGUAGACGGACUCUACUGGCUUCGCACGACGCAGCGAUCGGCCAAUGCGACAUCACUCAGCAACGCUGUUGAUCUACAUGCGCGAAUGGGCCAUGCUCCAGUCGACGUGCUUCGCAGGAUGGUGACAAGCCACAUGAUCAAGGACGCUCACAUCCCUUCCAAGCCGAAUGGAUCAAGUGUGUGUCGAGGAUGCCAAGAAGGGAAGAUGGUCCAAAAACCAUUCCCGAGCAACCGUGACAAGCGCACCUACAACACCUUCGAGAUACUCCACUUCGACAUCUGCGGACCCAUGGAAGAAAAAUCUCUGGGUGGCAGCAAGUAUCUGCUGCUGAUCGUGGAUGAAGCCAGCGGAUGCAUGAAGGGUUUUUGUCUGCAUUCCAAGUCAGAGAGCGAAGAGUGCAUCCAAGAAGUACAUCACGAUGAUACAGACGCAGUUCAACAAGAAGGUCAAAUUUGUGCGACACGAUGGAGCCCGCGAGGUUUGCGACGAACUCGCUCCAAGAUUUCUACGAAGUCGAAGGCAUCGAGCAACAAACCACGGUGCCAUACGCACAUCAAGCCAAUGGAACUGCUGAACGCGCGAUUCGAACUAUCGUCACCAUCGGUCGUAGCAUGCUCCAUCAUGCCAAGUUGGACAAGUGCUUCUGGGCUGAAGCGGCAAUGA